CUCAGCGCAUGGCAGCUGAAGGAUUCCAGCGCACCUCCGAGCAGUGUCGUGCUAAGCUGAAAAAAAUAAAAGCCCACUACAGAAAAGUUAAGGACAGCAACGGCCGUAGUGGGAAUGGGCGAAGUACAUGGAAGUGGUACGAUGUGGUGGACGCUAUUUAUGGACACAGACCGUCAAACCGAGGCAGCGAAGGAGGCCUGGACUCAGCGACCAGUAUCCUGGAGUCACUCAUAAACCCUGUUGACACAUCUGAAGCGGAAAACACUCCCUCUUCAGAGGAACCAUCCACUUCCUCAAGUAGCACUCCAGGACCUUCUGUGCCACCAUCACCUCUGUCCGUACCUUCUGUGCCACCAUCGCCUCGGCCAGUUCCAUCGCCACCACCAUCACCUCUGUCCACUACCACUCGAGAGGAACAUCUACCAUGUCGUCGACGCACAGGUGACCGAAGACGGCGAUUGGAAGCACGGACACAGGUGAUAUUUGAUGAGUUGCAGAUCGCAGAUGGCAGGCAGAUGGACAGAAUGGAAGGCAUAAGCCGGGAGCAGGUUAACUGGAUGCAACAAGACGCAGCAGCAUCAAGACAACAUGAAUUACAGAUCGCAGAGCGAUAUUUUGAACAUUUGGGUGCCCUAAAUGCUGUUCUUGGACUGGUCGCACAAAGAAUGGGCAGCUCCUCUGACUUCCUGCCACCACCCAGGCAGUAA